AUGCUCGGGAUCGAAGAAACUUCGGAGUCCUUUGUAGAGUCGAUCGCCUCGGCCCUCAAAGCAUCCAAGAUUCCUUGCGUACUCUGGGGUCACUGCCUGCUCAAUGUUUACGGUGUACCUUCAAUCAUAGGAUCAAUAGAUUUCGUGGUCCCGGAUCAAUUGAUUUCAGUCGGCGCAGAUGUCAUCUCAGACUUGCCCGAUCUCCAGCAAUGCCCCUCCGUGGAGCUCUGUCUUGCAAGCUCCCCUGAACGUCGAACGCCGCCACCUACAUUCCAUGUGCACAUCAAAGGCUCGGAAGUCACCAUAGGUCUUUAUCUACAGUCUGAGACCCUGUGGUUCCUACCGACUUUGGAAGAGUCCCUCUUGUCAGUUGAGGAUACCAAGCUGUCGCCAACGUUUGCUCUCGCUUGCGACCGCGACGUGCUUCCACCCUGGCGGCCUGGUCGCGGAUCUGGUGCCUUCAAAUCGAGCAACAGCUCUGUCGUGGUCCCCAAGUCUCACGUGCUGCUGGAGGCCUAUCUGAGACUCUAUGCUCGUGACUCAGGAAAGCCAGUGGGCUCGUUUGCUAUGGCUAUGAUCGGUUACAUGGAGCAAUACGUCGACGACGACGGUUUGCUCGAUGCGAAUCAGCUUCCGGAGCCGCUCAAGUCCGCCUACAAAGAACUCAGACUUGGUGAAAAGCCGACCCGCCAGUGGAUGAAGGAACUCAAACAUAGUCUCAACGUUCCCGACGAAGUGUCGGAGGAUGAGGAUCUCUGGUAA